AUGGUCCCCCCAGUCCUCCUCCUAAAAACCAAAUCCACGCCAACGGACCCCUACGCCACGCUCCUCUCCUCGAACGGUUACAACCCAAUCUUCGUCCCCGUGUUACACCACACCGCCAUCAACGCCGAUAUAGUCAGACAAUACAUCCUCAAUGGCGCCAUAACACCUAAUACCGCCGCAGACGAUAAUAAUAAUAAUACUACUACUAAUAGUAAUACCCAACCCGCCAAGAAAUUCGCAGCAAUAAUAAUAACCUCCCAACGAGCCGUCGAAUCCCUCUCCACAAUCCUCGACGAUCUAAACUCAACCAACCCCUCAACAAUCUCCAACUUCCUCCUCCAAACCAUAAUCUACGUCGUCGGCCCCGCAACCGCAAACUCCCUAAUAACCCUCGGUUUCCCCCCAAAAAACAUCCUAGGCCAAUCCUCAGGCAACGGCGCCGUCCUAUCAGAUUUCAUAGUAGACCACUAUACAACACACAACCUCUCCGGUGAUUUACUAUUCUUAACCGGGGAGACGCAUAGUACCAUUUUACCUACUAGGGUGCCGGAAAGACUUAAGGAGCUAUUGGAGAUAGAUGUAAAUGUUGAAGAAGUAGUUGUUUAUAAAACUGGGGUGGUGAGUGGGUUUGAAAGUGAUCUUAGGCAGUGUUUGGAUCGAUUGGAAGGAGAAGAAGAUGGAAAUAUAGAAGAGGAGGAACCGGUAUGGUUGAUUUUCUUCUCACCAACGGGGACGGACGCUGCACUUCGAGUUCUUGAAGCUAGAGAAUCUAGUUCUACAACAACAACGACAACAACGGCGACGAAGAAGAAGAGGAGAUAUAAAUGCUGCUCGAUAGGUCCUACAACCAAGGACUUUAUGUUCCAGGGAUUCGGAAGGAAAGCAGAUGCUAUGGCAAAGGUUCCAAGUCCUGAGGGCGUUUUGGAGGCUAUAAUUAGUCCAAGCAGGGUGGUUGAGGAGUUGGUUAUUUAA